AUGGUGAGAAACAUUCGGUUUAAUAAUGUUCAUACCCACACUGCUCAAGAUAUUUCAGAUUAUAAACCCAUUUUCCACUCGAAAGAAAUGGGUCGAGUUAUUGUGAAUAAGGUCAGGGACAACCCUUCAUACAAACCCAAUGUUAUUUACUCGGAUUUAGAGAGUGAAUUUUCUGUUAACAUGACUUACAAACAAGCUUGGAGAGCGAAGGAGCGUGCAAAUCAGAUCAUUGAACGGUGUCCGAAGGAUAGUUAUAUUUUAGUCCCGUGGUUGUGCCAACGAAUAUCAGAAGCAAUUCCUGGGACAUUUACAUCUUGGGAGUGCACAGAUGAUAUGAGAUUCAAGCGAGUGUUUGUGGCUUAUGGAUGCUCUAUAAGAGGGUUCAACAACUAUUGCAGGCCCAUUUUAUCAAUUGAUGAUUGUCACUUGAGUGGCAAUUAUAAAGGCACAAUGCUUGGUGCAACAGGUUAUGAUGCAAACCAUGGCUUGUGGCCUUUGGCUUAUGGUAUCGUUUCGAGUGAGAAUGAUGAUGAUUGGCAUUGGUUCUUGAACUUGCUUAAACAUAUUUUAGAUGGUCGCAGUGUGACGAUCUUAACUGAUAGGCAUCCGAGCUUGAAAAAAUGCGUGAGGGAUAUUUUGGCUCUCAAUACCACUCAUGGUGUGUUCGGCAUCAUUUGA